AUGCCCGGCAUACCAGGCAAAAAGCUCGGUCAGAAAGUCGACAUUGACUUCACUCUGCGGAAGGUCUUUGGCAGAAACUCGUUCAGACCAGUGCAACGAGACGUGGUAACAGCAGCACUCGAUGGCCACGAUGUCUUCCUUCAAGCGGCCACUGGGUUCGGUAAAAGUCUGUGCUUUCAACUACCCGCAGUCGUGGACUUCGGAAUCACCAUUGUCAUAUCGCCGCUACUUGCCCUCAUGAACAAUCAGAUGGCUGGCCUGCGAGCAGCUAACAUCAAAGUCGAAACCAUCAACAGCACCACCGCUUUCUCCAAAAAGACAGAGAUCCUCAAUGACCUCAAAAGCGGUCACCCUCAUACUCGUCUGCUUUAUGUCACUCCCGAAUACUGCCAGUUGGACCACUUCCGGAAUCACCUCCGCAUUGUCUACCAGCAGCAGGAGCUAGCAAGAAUCGCAGUCGACGAGGCUCAUUGUAUCUCGGAAUGGGGUCAUGACUUUCGACCCAGCUUCAAGGAGCUGAAUUGGUUCAAGAAAGAAUUCCCAGACAUCCCGAUGAUCUGCUGUACAGCUACUGCCACUCAAGCGGUUCGAGAAGAUGUCAUUAGCACUCUUGCCCUCAAUCCCACCAAGUUGAAGACAUUCACCAUGACCACAAGUCGCCCGAACCUUCAUUACGAGAUUCGUUUCACGAGUGAUGACCAGGAUCGCUACGACAACUUGCUUGCCUGGAUUCGCGCCACACAUGCGCGUCGAGCUAACAACCCGACUCGCUCGCAAGAGCUUAAAAAACGUGGUGAGCGAUCGACAAACGUUCCUGGAAUCAUAUAUACCUGGUAUCGAAAGGACACCGAGGCAUUGGCAACCCGCUUGCAAGCGGACGGAAUUGGUGCGAAGCCUUACCACGCCGGCCUUUCAGUGGAGCAGAAAGACGAUCAUCUUACAGGUUGGGUCAAGAACAGAGAGGGCUACGAUAUCAUCGUCGCCACCACAGCGUUCGGUAUGGGCAUCGACAAGGACAAUGUCCGUUUUGUAGUUCAUUGGCAAAUCCCGAAAUCCUUCGAGGGAUACUACCAGGAAGCUGGCCGAGCUGGAAGAGAUGGGAAGGCCUCGAUGUGUAUCUUGUACUACAGUCGCGAGGAUCGAGAUCGUGCUGCGAACAUGAUGCAGCGAGAGAUUCAGAAACUCAGUAAUGCUCGCAACAGCAAUGUGAAGGCCAACUAUAACCGAGGCAAGAGCUUGCAAGCGCUGAUUGGAUUCUGCGAAAGUGUAAGCAAAUGCAGGCACAAGAUGAUUGCGAGCUACUUUGGCGAGCAGGAGACGCCUCCUUGCGACUGGGCUUGCGAUUGGCAUAAGGAUUCAAAGGGCCUGGCGAAGAGGAAGGAUGAGGACCUGGCAAGCGAAGAGUGGGUAGCCACGCAGAAUCAGAUGGGAACGUAUAGUAACGACUAUUAUGAAUGA